AUGUCCGGGUUCGUGGGGGUCGUCGUCUCCGACCCCUCCUUGCAGGGCCACUUCACGCAGGUCGAGCUCCGAUCGCUCAAGGCCAAGUUUGUGACUCUGAAGAGGGAGUCCGGCCAUGUCACCACCAAGAACCUGCCGGGCUUGAUGAAGAAGCUGAAGGGGCUCAACGAGGUUGUCUCCGAGGAGGAGAUUGCUGCCUUCUUGUCGGAGGUUUGCCCCGACAGCGACCAGGAGAUUGAGUUCGAGCAAUUCCUCCGGGAGUACCUGAACCUGCAGGAGAGGGUGAGCUCCAAGGCGGGUGCGAGCGGGAGCAAGAACUCGUGGUCGUUCCUCAAGUCGAGCACCACCACGCUGAUCCACCACAGCCCCAACCAGGCAGAGAAGUCGUCCUACGUCGCGCACAUCAAUGCGUACCUCGGCAACGAUCCUUUCCUGAAGAAGUAUCUGCCGAUCGACCCCGCGGGCAAUGAUUUGUUCGACCUCGUCAGAGACGGGGUCGUGCUCUGUAAAUUGAUCAAUGUAGCGGUGCCUGGGACUAUUGAUGAGAGAGCCAUCAACAAAAAAAGGAUCCUUAACCCAUGGGAGAGAAAUGAGAACCAUACGCUUUGCCUCAACUCUGCAAAGGCUAUUGGAUGUACUGUUGUGAAUCUUGGCGCUCAAGACUUGGUGGAAGGAAGGGCUCAUCUAGUUCUUGGGUUGAUAUCUCAAAUUAUAAAGAUACAACUUUUGGCUGAUCUAAAUCUUAAGAGGACGCCACAGCUGGUGGAAAUUUUUGAUGACAGCAAGGAUAUAGAUGAAGUGCUGAGCUUAUCACCUGAAAAGUUACUACUUCAGUGGAUGAAUUAUCAUCUCAAGAAAGCUGGCUAUAAGAAAAUUGUUACCAACUUCUCCUCAGAUAUCAAGGAUGCUGAAGCCUACGCCUAUCUUAUCAAAGCUCUUGCUCCAGAGCAUUCCUCUAUACUUGCAUUUGACACCAAGGAUCCUGCCGUAAGAGCGAAAGUGGUACUUGACCAAGCAGAGAAGUUGGGCUGCAAAAGAUACUUGAGCCCAAAGGAUAUUACUGAGGGCUCCCCAAAUCUGAACCUUGCAUUUGUUGCACAAAUAUUCCAACAUAGAAACGGUUUGAGUACUGACACCAGACAGGUUACACUCACACAAACAUCAUCGCGAGAUGAGGUUAUAUUGUGCCGAGAAGAGAGAGCCUUCCGAAUGUGGAUCAACAGCCUUGGAAUUGCGACAUACGUGAACAAUGUGUUUGAAGAUGUUCGAACUGGGUGGGUUCUACUAGAAGUGCUCGACAAAGUCUAUCCGGGCUCUGUCAACUGGAAGCUAGCGACAAAACCUCCAAUAAAAAUGCCAUUUCGAAAACUGGAGAACUGUAAUCAAGUUAUAAAUAUUGGAAAGGAUCUGAAGUUUUCCAUGGUGAAUCUAGCUGGAAAUGAUAUUGUUCAGGGAAACAAGAAGUUGAUUGUUGCACUUCUAUGGCAAUUGAUGAGAUUCAAUAUCCUCCAGCUGUUAAACAAACUGAGAUUCCACUCUCAAGGAUCCCAAGGAAAAGAAAUAACCGAUGCUGAUAUCUUGAGUUGGGCGAAUAACAAAGUGAAGGUUUCCGGGAGAAAUUCUCGAAUGGAAAGUUUUAAGGACAAGAACUUAUCGAGUGGAAUUUUUUUCCUUGAGCUUCUCAGUGCUGUAGAGCCAAGGGUUGUGAACUGGAAGGUUGUAUCGAAGGGUGUAAUUGAUGAUGAGAAGAAGUUAAAUGCAACCUACAUCAUCAGUGUUGCACGGAAGCUCGGGUGCUCUGUUUUUCUGUUACCAGAAGACAUCAUUGAUGUGAAUCAGAAAAUGAUCCUAACAUUGACUGCUAGCAUCAUGUACUGGAGUCUGCAGAAGCCACAGCAGCCUGAAACAUCCGAACAGUCAGAAUCAUCAUAUGCUGCUUCAGAUGCUGCUUCCGAUAUCGCCUCAGAGGAUUCCGCUUCGAUAGUGGCACCAUCAGAAGGAGAAGAGGUGAAUUCACUCCCUGAUAGAGCAUCCAACAUGCCAACUGCUGAUACUAGUACUUCAGAGGCUCCUGCUGCUGAUACUAGUACUUCAGAGACUCCUGCUGCUGAUACUAGUACUUCAGAGGCUCCUGCUGCUGAUACUAGUACUUCAGAGGCUCCUGCUGAUGAUACUAGUACUUCAGAGGCUCCUGCUUGA